AUGGAUAUGAAGGACGGCAGCACGGUGAAGCACGGCCACCCCGAGCCUGUGUAUGACCUUGCCGGACAUUGCUCGAUUAUAUUCGACAACACAGUUUACGCAUACUCCGCCGCCGGAUUCCAGUCACUGGCGUUGAAAGAGGGGGCAAAAUGGCAAAAGAUGCCAAUGGACAUUUCGUUGACGGGAGCGCAAUGUGUGAAGGCAGGGGACAGGCUUUACAUCGUGGGAGGGUCACCUAACGCAACGGCCGCCGACUGGAAUUAUCCUGGACUGAUGCACUACACGUUCGCGACAAAGAAAUGGGAUUGGCAACGAUCGGAAAGCUGGAACACGCAAAACCGACAAAACCACGGCGCUACAUAUCUCGCCAACCAGAAGAAGAUUCUUGUCUACUCGGGCUCUCAGAAGGCGGGAGACAUGGGCGCUUCGCCGGAGACCUUUCUCUUCUCUACUCAGGAGCCGUACUCCGUCCAGAGUUUCCCUUCGAACGGCGUCCCACCAUCUGUAAAGCCUAUGCUCAUGGCGUGGGAUACGACUUCUGCUUUGAUGAUCGGGGGUGGCGCCAACAAUGCCGCCGCUUGGACGUUCAGUGAAGACAAAGGAUGGAAGGACCUGGGCGUUUCAUUGACCUCCGGUAUUGUGAACCAAGAAUCUGUUCAGUGUUCGGUUGUCAUUGGAACAGAUGGAAGCCGAGUUCUGCAAAAGUUCGACAUGGGCGUCUCUCCUAACACAGUCGAGCGCAUCGUACUUUUGGAUGAAGGCGGCAUUGUGGCCAAGGCCGGUACGACUGUUGGAGACAAGCCUGCCGGUAAGACUGUUGGAGACAAACCUAAGCGAAACACCAUUGCCGACUGGCCGACUUAUAACGAGACUGCCGCUCCCCCGUAUACACGAUCAGGUUUCACCCUAGCUCAGGGCGACGAUGGUAUGACCGUUGCUCUCGGAGGAAAUGCACAAGACCCAUUGUGCUUAUUCAAUGCGAAGGAGAACGCAUGGGUGAAUGCGACAACCUUCUUCGGUGGACAACAAGUGUUGUCUGCGUCGGGGACGUCUUCAAUUUCGAGCAGUCGCCCUACAGGUACUGCCUCAUUGACCGCGUUCCCCAGUGCCUCUGCCUCUACCACAGGCUCUCCAGCAGCAGCAGCCCCAGCCCCAGACAACAAGUCGAAAAUGCUGACCGUUCUGGGUGCGACUCUUGGCACCAUCUUCGGUAUUGCCGCGGUCCUGAUCUUGAUUUUGUUCUGCCUCAAGUACAGGAAGAACAAGGUCAAGAAGGCUCAGCAAACUGGAUAUGUGGAGCGUGAGAAGGACCGCAUGAGCUUUGCCGACCGUGGCGCAGACUUCAUGAAGGAGGCUGGCGGCCAACGACUCAGUUACAUCACUCGCCAUCAUCCAGGGCCGAGGGGGGGUAACGGUCACAAGAAGAACACGGCAAGCGAUGCUAGCACGGCAGGUCUCGUCAAGAAGCCUAGCCCGCUUGGUUACUCGCAAGAGCCAUACGAGCUGUCCAAAUUCGACUUGAAGCCUGAGCCUGUACACAUGGUGCGACAAAACUCUAGUCGUCAGCCACCGGCAAAAGAGGCCAACGGCCGAAGUAGAAGCUCUGGAUGGAGCCGCUACUUCGCUAACAACGAAGCCACCAACCUUGCUAUGCCGGCUAACAACGACAACCGAUCCACGUUUGCUUCGGACAGAAGUAGCAUGAUGAGCCAAUCUCAGUACACCAACUCGCGGAUGCCGAGUCAGCACCCUUCGACAUACGUUCCACCGCUUGAGAUCCCUAAGUUCGAUGGCCAACGUCUCAGCCGAGUAGCCAGUGGAAGUCCAACACUUGGUAGCGUCCAGAGCCAGUCUCUUCCACAUCAACCCAUGCAAGCCGAGCUUAGCCGUGCCAAUUCCAACGGUAGUACGAGAUCUGGACUUAGCGGACACGAGGAACACUUCUUCCGCAACCCUGUUGAGAGCUGGACACCAGUUGGUGACGACGGUCGACCGCCUAGCAGCGCAUACACUGGUAGCAUGAUCAUCGAGCCCAGGGACACGCACAAGUACGAUGGCGCUAGCUCGUAUUACCCUGAUGAUGGCAACUCCUUCUACCCAAAGAGCAACAUCAGUUCAUUCUACCCUGGCCAAGGCUUCAACUCACUUGACGUGCCCGAUGCUCGGGGUAGCACAUUCACCAUGUUCCCUUCGGGCGCAGAUCGAGCACCAGCUGCUCCUACAGAUGAGAUGCCUAAGAGCAAGUUCAGCUCUAUGUACCCUGUUCCACCUCGUCUUGGUCUGGCGCCACAAGACCGGGGAAGCACCGUGACCGUGUUCCCGGGUCCACAUCAGCCUCAGGCAGCUCACAUGGACCACAUGCCGAGCCCAACAUUCAACUCAUUCCACCCAGGUGUUCCCAGGAUCGGCCAUGAGAGCACAGUCACAAUGUUCCCAGGACCAGCAGGGCCACCGGGAGGACCUGGUGCUCCAAACCAAAAAGAGGGUGACAACAUGUCAUGGCUCAACCUUGGGGCUAGCAAGUAAACUGACAUUCUCUUACUGUCUGCCUAUCUCGAAAGGCACUACGCAUAUACAUAAACGGAUCUGGAAAAGCAUCACCAUCAGUCAGCAGCGGAUCUCCUCUUGAUUGUACAACUUGCUGUUCUCUUCAUUGAUCGAGCACGCAUUCUUAGCGCUGGGCGUCUGCUUUCGUUUGAAUUUCUCGCACCGCCGAAGCUUACGCUUCACGACCACUCACUGGUCAUACAGAUACCCGACGCAGUACCUUCUUGCGUCAACAACCCUGACCACCCACCACCACCCCGUAUCUGUAAAUACUCUCCACAGCUUCUCGACCC